CACCGAGUAGUUUGUUUAGUUCGUUUAGUUUGGCAAUGACUGCUAAAUUUGCGACACAUCUUAACUCGCGGAUCAUAUCCUCUUGGCCGGGGCCUGGCGCAUUCAAAACAAAACGCGAGGAUCCAAAAGAAAACCAUGGAUUACAUGUUGGAUUUUCACAAAGUCUGUAGAAUGUGCUGCGAGGAAAAACUUCGAAUGCUAUUGAUUUUCGAACAGGAUUCGAAAAAUCCUCUGGAUAAACUAAUUAGCGAUGUGUUGCGAUUGGAGGUGGUCUGUGAUGAUGGUUUGCCUCAGCAAAUCUGCAGAGAUUGCAUUGCCACUCUCACGAAGCUCCAGGAAACCAUUGAAAACUUUCGUGCCAAUGAUUAUAAUCUGCGCAGGCAGCUUGGUCCAAUCAACUUUGUUGAAGUCAAGGAAGAAACCAUGGAAGUGGAGCGACAGGAACUCGAAGACGAAGAUGACGAUGAGAAUUUCACCCCAGAAAUGAGCGAAGAAGGCGAUGAACAUCAACGAGAGGAUUUGGAAGAUUAUGACAUGGAUGAAGAAUGGAUAGAAGAGAAGCCUACAGGGAGGAUAACAAUAAAAGCGACUAAAGGAAAUUCGGAAGAGUCGACGACGAGCGGAAAAGCUAAACGUGGUCGCCGAAAAACGGUGUUCGAGGAUCCUAACCGUCCGCGUUUAAAUGAUUUCAAAUGUUACAUUUGUAAAAGCGAUUCCAUGGGAUCAGCAGAGGCUCUUAUUGCUCAUUUGAAUUCCCAUACUGAUGAGCUACCUUAUACCUGUCAAAUAUGCGUUCUGGAGACCGCUGUGAUAACCACUGUGUCUAGUUUGAAUGUACACAAGCGUAUGCAUGAGAACCCCCACAAAUGUCCCUACUGCGAUAGGCGUUACAGCAAUAAGCGAAACAUCUCGUUGCAUGUACAGAUGUAUCAUAUGGCCGAGAACGCUCCCUGUCCUUCUACGUGCUCGUAUUGUGACAAGGUUUUUCCAACGAAACAGUCGUUGGCGAAUCACGAGAAGAUACACACGAAAGCGGUAAGUUGCGAAUACUGCGGCAAGAUUUUUGUCGGGAAACACAAGCUCCAGUUGCACAUUCAGCGGAAGCAUGAACGGGUCCGGAAGUACGAGUGUCAUCUAUGUCACAAGAAGCUCAAUUCAUUGGAUGCUGUGCAAGUGCAUAUACGCAUAAUGCACUCCGACAAAGAGUACAACUGCAAGUAUUGCCCAAGAACAUACACUUCGGAAUUGUCCCUUCGUUAUCACGAGAAAAAACAUGAAGAAAAUCCCAGCUACAAGUCGACGAACAACUGGAAGCAAUACUACACCUUCGUGGAGGGCGCAGAAGGAAUCAAGGAUGGGGUUCGCUUGAAGAAAUGUGGUCUCUGUGGCACCCUUACGAAAGCAAUCGGGCCGCAUUUGAGUGCGGUGCAUUUCCCGAAGGAAUUUCGCUGUGGGCAGUGUGAUAUGACCUUCAAACGCAAGAACACAUACGACGCGCAUGUGUUUGAGCACGAGUACGGUAAGGCUUACAGCUGCCCAAUCUGUGGCAGGGGAUUCUCCGAGAAGAAAAAUUUGCUCAUUCACCUCAAAACUAAAAAGCAUCGUGAUCAUCCGAUGGCACAAUCACUUGAGUGGUUGAAUGAGAAAAGCGCAAUGACCGAUGUAAAGUCGGAAAGAGGUGUCGUCAUCUCUGAGGACGUAAUUGGAGAAGAAGUGCUGAGCGAAUCAGCGCUGGAGACCGAUGAUUUUAGUACAUAAACCCAAAGAUUAAUAUAUGUGUUACGACCCCUUAGUCGGCGCACAACGGUACCAAUAAAGUGGUAUCGCUUUUUGAAGUUUUAUGGACUUAUGUUACUCAAAGUACAUUUAUUGGAUUCACCUAAUAAAUUAAAAACAAUACCAUCACACUAUAA